AUCACCGCUUUUGAAUAUGGUCGCUGCUGUCCGCGCGCCCGGAUUGUUACCCCCCUCAGCGCGCAAGAUGCAUUGUAGACAUGUUUAAUAUACUCAGUGCCGAAAUUCAACGUUGGAAUAUUAUUUGUGCGUGCUUACUGUGUGCAGUGUACCUCGUGGGUUUCCUGACAGUCUUCUCUGCGACGGCGUUCGUCAUUCUGUGGAGUGGAGUGAAUUAUUACCUGCACAAGCGGGAGGAAAACUUGCGCCACCGUCUCUCGAUACUAGGCUUAAUAAAGCAUGACAAACGUGAGCAGAGAAGGCGAAGCGGGCGCAACUCUUCGCAGCGCGCGGUUUACGCGAACAGUGCGACACCGACGUCGGCCACACCGUCGAGGUUCGGCAGUGUUUCGUUUGAUUAUCUGCGCGUGACACCCGGGAAUAAAUUUGACACUCCUUCGCGGGUACACCGGAGCGGCGAGGUUGACGGCGGUGCAUACGGCCUCGCUAGCCCCGUGUUGAUGAGUAAAACCACUAUUCUCAACCGAUCGUGCCAAAGUACUUCCACGCCGGGGCAUGGGAGGAAGUUCCAACUUGACUGGCUCCCAGUCACCGCUCGGAGGCACCCGAUCCAGCAGGAGAAAUACUCCGUGGGGAGUUAUCCAGUGGUGUGUCUCAAUAAGUCACCACUGCCACUGGCCAAACCAUUUUCAUCGCCAGAACUGAUACCGCCAGUGAAGGUCAAGAUCCUGCCGCUGACGACCUCCCACAUACAGAACCAGACGUUCGGCCACCCAGCAGCCACUGCCGAAACUGAUAAGCAGGAUCCAUGCUCUACAGAGAGUGUCAUCCAAGCCCUCAAGGAGAGGAGGAAGCGGGCUGCUGCCGCAGCAUAUCAAGAUGGCCUGGACUCGGCGGGCAGCAGCCCCACCCAGGCGCAGAGCAGCAAGCGACCGCGACGGGAAAACCUCUGCGUGCCGCAGCUACCGCCCUUCACACCAGUUGUUACGUCGGUGGGUGGGUUCGGGCCUCCCUUUCUGGGCUCGCCGAGCAAGAAUGCAGUGGUGCGGGGCCCUGUGCCUUCUGCCCUGGUGUCGACGCCCGAAGUGACCUUCAAGCGAGGCCGCCUGUGCUCUACGUCGAGUCCCCCCGGCUCGGCCAAGCGGCAUCGCAACAAUGCCAUUGCCAUCUCCUACUGCUCUAGCAAGAGCAUCCUACAGCAGGUGAGGAACAGCCAGUCCCAGAAGCGGAAAGCUGUACCACCCGACUCUUCUCCAUUGUCAAAGCAAACAAGAAAGGAAGACAGGAGACUUCAGUCAGACGAUGAAGACUCCAUGGAGAAGACCGUGGACAGCAGUAAAGAAAAUGAUGUCCCCUCAGAAGCAGAAGUGUCGAAAGAGUCGUCGGAAAGCGAGAACAUUGAUGCGUCAAAGCUGAGGAGCCGGAUCAAGCCCCUUGACUGGGGCACCAUUGAAAAGAAGAAGUUGGUGUACCCGGAACACAUCGCAACCCUGAAGGAGCACGAGAAUGACCAGGCCCGGGAUAAGCAACGGCUCAACAGACUGUUGGGUGGGCUUCAGGACGUCAGAGAACAAACAAAUGCAGAGAAAACACCAGUGACUACUCAGGCCGAGACGGCAACACCCACCACCUUGGCAAAGACAGCUGGCCUCCCCACUUUUGGCAUUCCACUUGCAGCCACGUCCAAUGCAACUUUGGCGCCAGGGUUGACGACCAACACGGUGUCGGUGAUCAGCAGCCCCGUCAUGAGUGCACCAUCCGCCAUGGCCUCGCCACCCAAGACAGCCGAGAAUCCAGCUCCUGUCCUUCCUGCACCAGUCACCACUGCAGACACAGCCGUUGCGUCUGCUGCCUCGGCGGCUAGCACUGCCACAGCGGCGCCGAAACCUCAGUUUGGCGCUGGCUUUUUCAGCUCAAGCACCACUGAUACUGCUAGCAUAACUGCGCCGGAAGCGGUUGCACAAAGUGCGCCAGUGUCACUGCCCGCAGCUGCAGCUUCCACUGCGGCAAACCCAUUAUUAGCGGCCUUGGCAAAAUUCACCUCUCCAAAAGCUACAGAAGCCACCACAGCUGCUUCACCUGCUGUGUCUCAGUCAUCGGCUCCCUCAACCAGUUUGGUGGCUCCCUCACUUUCGUUGCCGCAGACAUCUGCGCUGUCUGUGCCAACUACCACGACAUCUGAUGCUGUCGCUGCACCUGCUCCCAGUGCAGCAAAACCAGCUGGCGGUUUUGUUUUCUCGGGGCCAUCACUCGGAGGCAACAAGCCAAUUUCAACUACACCUUCAGUCGCUCCAGCACCAUGUUUUGGAACGGCAGCAGCCACGACUGCUGUGUCGCCAGCAUUGCCCAUGUUUAAAGCGAACGACUCGAAUGCUAUUGCUGCAAGUGCCACGUCACCAACUCCGGCUCCUUUCCAGUUUGGCUCCAACGCACAGGCGGCAAAACCAACCGUGUCACAGGGCUUCUUGGUCACUGCAGCGUCGUCAGCACAACCAUUCAAAUUCGGCUCGAGCGGAGGACCUGCCGCACCUGUUCCUGCGGCAAACACCACGCAGACGACCACGGGCCCAUCGUUGGGGGUGUUCAAGUUUGGCACUGCGACACCUAUGGGCCCUCAAGUUUCGGCGUCACUGCAGCCACCCACUUCAUCAUUGAGCGGUUCAGGCACAAGCAUAUUCUCCUUUGGGGCUGGUGCUGCGCCAAAACCAGCAGCCACUCUAUCAGUGCCGGCCCUUGGCUCGGCAAGUGUACAGUCCCCGGCCGCAGCAUCGGCAGGCAUCGGCACUCAGCCUGCCAGUGGUGGCUUCACCUUUGGAGGUAGUGCAGCAUCAUCCCGUAGCACCACCGCGACCACUCAGGGUGGAUUUUCUUUCGGUGCCACUAGUGCCACUGCUGCCUCCUCUGGAAGUGGCCCAGUCUUCAAGUUUGGCGCGCAGGGGCAGCAGCAGCAGGCGACUGCUUCAGCUCCGCUUUCAACUGCAACGACAGCUGCCUCGUUAUUUUCGGGAACGCCGUUCACAUUUGGAACACCCGUCCCGAAGCAGGACAUCGCUCCCACAGUACCACAGUCGUUCAGCUUUGGUGCGGCAACCACCACACCAGCAGCCGGAAACAGCACUACACCUUUUGCAUUUGGAGCGAGCGGUUCUGGCACAGCGGCUGCCAGUCCCUUUGCAUUUGGCGCAGCUGCCACUACAACGGCUCCGAGUGCGGCACCGUUCUCCUUUGGGGCUGGCACGACCAGCACGCCUGCUCUUCCACAGUCGAGCACUACUUCACCGCUCUUCCCCAGCGCCACACCCAUAGGCCAGCCUUCCUCUGUGGCUCAGCCUGGUGGAUUCCAGUUCGGUGCACCACAGGUUCAGAGUGCGUUUGGCGCAGCCACCAACGGCUUGACCAACGGCAUCUCAAGCACUGCCGCUGGUGCUGCUGCCCAGCCCAGUGCUGCACCGUCAGGACUGUUCAAAUUUGGUGCGGCCAACAACUCAUCAGUGCCAGCAUUCAACUUUGCUGCUUCGCAGUGUGGAACCAACGCCACUCCAAAGCCUGCUUUCAAUUUUGGUGCCCCUGCAGCUACGAGCAACCUGUUUUCUAUAGGAACGGCUUCGUCACACAGCGAGCGACCGCUAUCAAGGCCACGAAGCAAGCGCAUUACGAAGAAGUGACGCUUUAUAAGCAUCUGGGAGGGGAAACAAAAUAUCAUCUGUACAAAAUUUCAUCGGUUUCCAUUGAACGGUUUUUAAAUGUG